UGGGGAGGUUGCAGCAGUUUGAGAGAUGGCUGAUUUGAAGAAACCACGUGAUGACUCAUACUUCCUCUAAGAGUUAGGCCCCAACUAUUUGUGCCUCUUCAUUUACAUUUUGCACAUACAGGGAUGGCGGGUACGAGAAUCACAAACCUUCAGAACGCUGUUAAACAGGUGCCGCUGAUUCAGCUCCCUCAGCACAGCGCUGCAGCACAGGGAGCUGUUCAGAUGAGGAUAAAGAACUCUCAGAGCUCCGGAGACCGCCUGAGCCAGUCCAAGUCCAUGGUCCUGCAGGACUCCGACCUCCCUCAGAAGCCUUUGUCUCGGCAUCGCAGAAAUCAGUCUCAGCAUGGUGUGGCUCUGACGGUAGCAGCAGCAUUUGAACCACUGGUGGACCUGAAAGGUGAACACCUAAAUGUGGCUAAGAUCUCAGAGAACGGUAAGAAGCAGAGGAAGAACUGGACGUCGAUGUGGACUGUGUUGACAACAGAUGAGCUGCUGCUUUAUAAAGACAAACAGGAAACUGGUGUGAAAACAGGAAGUAAAACAGAUGUGGUUCAGCUUUGUGGGGCUGUCAUUGACUGGACAACGGAGAAGUCAAGCAAGAAAAAUGUCUUCCAGAUCACAACAAACACAGGCAGUGAGUACCUCAUCCAAGCUGACAAUUACUCCACUGCCAGCAAAUGGUAUGAUGCGAUCAGAAGAACUGUUGACUCAUCAACUAAAGAAGACAGAGGCUUUGCGUUGCGGAAGUCCAAUAGCUCCGAGUUCCUGCCCAGGCACAGCUCCUUACCUGGACAUGGGUCAGCCUCGCCCAGCAUGAAGCAAAGGAACCCAGUUCACAGACGCUCCAUCAACAUGUUUGGCAGCUCAAAGCUGAAACACAGCGCCUCAGACAGUGCAGACAAGAAUGGAGUGAAGAACAGAUUAAAGAAGUUCAUCAUCAGACGCCCGUCCAUGAGGACUCUGCAGGAGAAAGGCCUCAUCAAAGACCGAGUGUUUGGUUGCCACCUGCUGACGCUCUGCGAACGUGAAGGAACCACAGUUCCAAAGUUUGUAAAGAUUUGUUUAGAAGCUGUUGAGAAACGAGGUCUAGACGCAGACGGGAUCUACAGGGUCAGUGGAAAUCUGGCCACAAUCCAAAAACUUCGCUUCAUUGUUGAUCAAGAGGAAGAGCUGGACCUGGAUCACAGUCAGUGGGAGGACAUCCACGUCAUCACAGGAGCUCUAAAGAUGUUUUUUCGUGAGCUGCCAGAGCCGUUGUUCCCAUUCAGGUUCUUCCAGCAGUUUGUGGAGGCAGUCAAGAUCAAAGAAUCAAAACAGAAAGCGCAGGCUGUGAAGAAACUGAUCCAGCAGAUGCCAAAACCCAACCAUGACACCUUGAAGUUACUCUUCAGCCACCUGCAAAGAGUUUUGGCUUUUUCAAGGAAGAAUCUGAUGUCCACUCAGGGUAUCGGUAUUGUGUUUGGGCCAACACUGAUGUGGCCUGAGCUGGAUGCAGGAAACAUGGCAGUUAACAUGAUAUACCAGAACCAGAUCGUGGAGUUCAUCCUAAUCGAGAGCCAAGAGAUCUUUAACCUUGACAGGAAGUAAGAAGAGCAGUAAGUCAGAUGAGAAUGAUGGACUCAGAAUCACAGUGUUUGGUUACCUGGAGUUAAAAGGAGUAAAUGUAUUAAAAUGUUUGUUUGAAACUCAUCCGAUGGUCUUUUUUUGAAACAUAAACAUCUGAAAUUAAUCAAAUAAAGCUGUAAAUAUUCAAAUAUUGUAAUUUUACACUAUAACUGUCAAAGCUACUUAUUUUUCUUCUAACCGAAUGUAGGUAAAAAGACAAAACAUUUAUUUUGAAAUAAAUGUUAUUAGCAUGUAAUAAACAGACAGGUGUACAUAAUAACAUGUUGCUGUCUAAACUCUAUUUAGACCUGCUGUAUGUGCAGUUCUCUGAAGAUGAAAAGCAAUAAAUGUUACACUCUUGGUUUUUACUCAA